CGGAGAAAGGAGGAACAACAGGCGCUCUGCCAACUUUAUUUCCUGGCUGGAGAGACAGUCAUGAUAUUAAACCCCAUGUACCUAGCAUUAGCCUGCCAGCUCUAGCCUUCUUAGAGGGAUGCCGUCCUUUAGUUAGGCUUACAGUAUUUUCAUUUAGAUUAGCCAAAUAACGCCAAGCACUAUGAAUUUAUUACCAUCAAAUCCCCACGGUAAUGGAUUACUUUAUGCCGGAUUUAACCAGGAUCACGGAUGUUUUGCAUGUGGAAUGGAAAAUGGAUUCAGGGUGUAUAACACAGACCCUCUUAAAGAAAAGGAAAAACAAGAGUUUCUUGAGGGAGGAGUUGGUCAUGUGGAGAUGCUUUUUCGAUGCAAUUAUCUUGCGCUUGUUGGAGGCGGAAAGAAACCAAAGUACCCGCCCAAUAAAGUGAUGAUUUGGGAUGACCUGAAGAAAAAGACUGUGAUAGAAAUUGAGUUUUCCACAGAGGUCAAAGCUGUUAAACUUCGCCGUGACAGAAUUGUGGUGGUCCUUGAUUCCAUGAUUAAAGUCUUCACAUUUACUCAUAAUCCUCAUCAGCUGCAUGUCUUCGAAACAUGCUAUAACCCUAAAGGUUUGUGUGUCUUGUGCCCAAACAGCAACAAUUCAUUGCUGGCAUUCCCAGCCACUCACUCCGGACACGUUCAGAUCGUAGAUCUGGCCAACACAGAGAAACCCCCAGUGGAUAUUCCUGCACAUGAAGGAGCUCUGUGUUGCAUCGCUCUCAACCUUCAGGGCACACGGAUAGCCACGGCAUCUGAAAAAGGGACCCUGAUCAGAAUAUUCGACACCUCAGCAGGUCACCUUAUUCAGGAGCUGAGAAGAGGAUCCCAAACUGCCAAUAUAUACUGCAUCAAUUUCAACCAGGAUGCCUCUCUUAUCUGCGUAUCGAGUGACCAUGGUACAGUCCACAUAUUUGCUGCAGAGGAUCCCAAAAGGAACAAGCAGUCCAGCUUGGCAUCGGCCAGUUUUCUCCCCAAGUAUUUCAGCUCCAAAUGGAGUUUCUCGAAGUUCCAGGUCCCGUCCGGUUCGCCCUGCGUCUGUGCCUUUGGAACAGAACCCAACGCUGUUAUAGCUAUUUGCGCUGAUGGCAGCUACUACAAGUUUCUGUUCAACCAAAAAGGGGAGUGUUCAAGGGAUGUUUAUGCUCAGUUCCUGGAAAUGACUGAUGAGAAGAUCUGAGCCUAGACACUGCUUCACUUUACCAGAUUGUUUCAUUCUUGAGGAUGUCAAAGAACUCGAGUGGCAUUCGUAAGACAGACUUUUCGGAGAUGACAGUGACAAGACAUGGAGGAGAGACCAAAAGAAACUCUAAAUACUCUAUUGACUUAAACAUGAGAGACCUUUCUGAGAGAUGACUGAAAAACUGUGACCCCAGAAAACACAUUCUGUGGUGUGACGAGAGGGAAAUCUUAUUUUUUUGAAAGGACAACGUUUUUUUAAAUUGUCUUCCAUGGGAUUUUUUUAAGCUUUGGAUGUCCUUGGCUAGGUAACGAGAGCGAAUCUCUUUGUCCACUGACAAAACCGAAUCUAAUGUAAUUAAGAGCAGAGGCGGGUGUAAACAUGUACAUCAUUCACACUAUGUAUUUGCAAACUAUUUGUUAGUGUUAGAUAUUGUUUUUCUUGCUGUAUGAACGCAGAAUACCGGAUGAAAAUGACGUAACUACAUAGUAUUUAGACUAGUGUAACAAAACAGAUAUUUUAUGGUGUAAAUGUGUGCUCCUCAUUUCAUGUAUUUGUUGGCUUUAAAAAAAUCAGAUUAAUAUAAUCAGUGCUCUGUAAAAGUUUUACUUCAGUGACAGUCACUGUACUAUCACACAAGAGACGUGACUGAUAUACACAACAUAUUAGGCCGUGGAGAGGAAUGAGGAAUUGCAUCAUCAUAUUUAGUCUACAUUAACACUCUUAAUGGUUUAAAAUAAAAUGCUCAACUCUAAAAUCCUGUUUUCUUCCCAAAGUAAUUCAGAAUAACAACAUUGCUACUUUACAAGAGAGUAAAUUGUAUACUAUUUAAACCUAGUUUCAGAUGAAUGCAUUGAAUUGCAUCUUUUUGUUUACUAGCUGUAGAAUUAGCACUUUAUGUAGUAUUGCAGCAGCCACUGACGCCCUGAUCUUUCACUUUUAAAGACGAACGCACUCAAAUUCUAGCAAAGUGCCCAGUCUCGUCACCUGAAGAACGUAGUGUUUUUAAGUUUUUGUCUUAAUUCUUAUAACCGUUCUUUGAAAUGUAUCUAUAAGCUAUUCUGUUAUUCAUUUGAUGCUUUUGUCAUUGAGAACGUGCAA